GGGGCCCAAUUUUGUCUACGGGGACAUUAGAGUCUUAUAGUCGAUCUGACGUGACAUUCUCGUAGAAGACGAUUGAACUGCUCGCGCAUUUUUUAAAUUGCAUUUAAUUGUGAGACGAGCAUGGCCUUCGCCUGGGGUGGUAAGCGAUAAAACCGCCCAUUAGGAGUAGCUACACGAUCCAGAACUGAAUUACAACCUACUGUGCACGACAUCUUGAUACAUAAGAUGAUCUCUUGAUUCCAAGUAGUUACACUGACUACAAUAUCCGUUGAACUGGAACACAACACUGCAAGCACAAUGCUGUUUGUCGGCAGAUUUAAUAAAUCUUUGAUAGGUACCCCCACAAUUCAGUCAUACAGUAAAAUGCAGAACAGCGUUGCAACAACGCUCCUAAAAUGACGCUAGAGAAAUCUGGACAAAGAAUUAAUUUUUAUCAGAAUUUGGGAAGUUCAUUCGAGACUUCGUAUUUUUAGUCUUGGUAACCAUUAUCUUUUGCUGUCACUGUCAGCUGAGCUGUCAUACUCUUGAAUUGUCAGUCACAGUUGGCAUUUGUCAAACAAAAAUAAAAAUACAAAUUGAAUUGAAAUAUACAUCGCAGAAAUUGUAUAAUUUGAAAUUGAUCACAUGGAGGUAAAAAGAACAGAAAAUAUAUUACGGAACGGAUGACUUAUUAAAAGGAAAGUACUACUGAGAAUUAUUUUUUAUUUAAAAUCAUAAGAAAAAUGGAGUAUCAAAGAACAAUUAUAACAAACUACGGCGAAUGUCGGUGUUGUCUCACGAAGGGAAACCAUCGGGAUUUAACCAAAGAAUAUUAUUACAAUGGGAUACGAGAAGUUUUUAUCGAUAUAUUUAUGGAAUGUUUUAAUUUAUAUUUAUCCACUAAUGAGAAUCUGACCAUGUUGAUAUGCUCUUCAUGUGUGUCGCGUCUUCGUGAUGCGAGCAGUUUCAGGAUGAUGGUGUUGAGAACCGAGAGACAGUUGAUGGAUGCGCUCACGUCCCAUGAUCACAACUACACUGUAUUUAUUAAUGUGCCAACAGUAGAGCCUGUAGUAGUUAACAAUGACAUCAAGGAGGAACAACAAGUUGAAGUGAAGACGGAAGAUGACAAUGUUGAGUUGAAUUACAAUUUCAGCUACCAAAUAGAAACAGAUGAGGAGAAUACAGAAGAGGGCGACGGAGAGGUGGAGGGCGAGGGAGAUCUGCGGCGCAGGUUCGCGGGCGCGCUGCGGCCGCUGCCGACGCGCGCCACUCUGCGCGGACACUGCCCCAUGUUCGUCAAACAUCUAGACGCACUACGAGGAAAGAGCAUCACGGCGAAAUCAAUAGAAAAACUUAUAUUAGGCUCGGAAAAACGAUCAAAACCACAUAAAAACAUUUCGCAUAUUAGAGAGAAAAUGGCGCACACUAUCAAUGCUUGCACCAUAUUUGAGUGUUCCACAGCCACAGCUUUCAAAACCAAGACGAAGGCGGGUUUCCCGUGUUUCUACUGCAGAGACAUAUUUGAUAAUAUGGAAAUAUUACGGGAACAUCAAAAGAAACAUCCAAAAUCAUUAUUGUUUAAACUACUCAGCAAAUAUACGGCGGAUACUCUAGUUGUAUAUGCAGACAUCACCAAUCUGGCGUGCAGCAUCUGUUGCAAAGAAAUUUCUAGUAUAAAUGAUCUAAAGAGUCACUUAAUAAGUGUGCACAACAAGAAAAUGUACACUGAUUUUGAAGACAGGGUCAUACCUUUCAAAUUGACUGGCCAUACUGAUUUUGAGUGUCAAAUAUGCGGGUUUAACUUCGAGACUUUUGGCUCGAUAGAGAAGCAUAUGAACAUUCAUUACAGGAAUAAUAUCUGCGAUCAAUGCGGUGCAGGUUUUGUCACGAUGCACAGGCUCAAAAUUCAUUACACCACAGUGCAUAAAGAAGGUUCUUAUCCAUGCAAAAUUUGCAAGAAAAUCUAUUCAAGUUAUAACAAAUACAAAAUACACUAUGAUGUGGUGCAUAAAUUGGUGAAGAAAAACAAAUGUCCCAAAUGUCCAGAGAGUUUCGUGGACUAUUUCACGAGGCAGCGGCACCUGGUGGAAAAGCACGGCGUGACGCCCAUCCUCUACAAGUGCAAGGUGUGCGACAGAGCAUUCAGUAGACGGUUCACACUCUCCGGACACAUGAAGAGAUGUCAUUUAGAAGAGAAGGACAUUCAGUGUCCACAGUGCGCGUACAUGUGCUACACCAAGUCGGAGCUGCGCGCGCACAUGUUGAAGCACGGCGCGGAGAGGUGCCACCAAUGUGCAGUCUGCAAGAAGUCCUACGCGCGACAGAAGACUCUGAAGGAGCACAUGCGGAUACACAAUAAUGACAGGAGGUUCGCCUGCGCCGAUUGUGGUCAGGCCUUUGUGCAGAGAUGCAGCUUGAAGGGGCAUAUAAAGACGCAUCACUCCAAGUAAUAUAAUCACAUCCAUUGGUUGAAAUUAUUCUGGAAGAUACUGAUGGGCGGAUUCAAUAUGAUGCCUGCAAGUUUUAUGAAUAUGAUUCGUAUUCCGAUUAAUUAUCCUGCAAAUGUAAGAAACGGCACUGGCGCAGUUGUAUGGUUCAAGGGUGAGGGCUCCACUUGUUCGGCUUGAGAGUUUCGCUACCAUUUGUAACACAUGAUGUGGAGAACAGGUUUCAGACAAUUCGUUAAACCACUCGAUAAUUAUAGUAUCAAGUAUAUAGUACUAUAUAGUGGGUGUCUUAAUGUUUUCCCAUAACAUUUUUUUCUCAGUAUGGAGGUACGUUGAGUUUUGACAAAUUGCAGUAAACUUGGGUUUGUAGGCUAUCGAACCUACCCAGCUUAUUGAAUUUUUUUUUAAAGUAUUAUAAACGUAAUAAAAUUAAGCAGUCCGUGAAUCUCAUGCGGUAUUUGUUAGAGGCUAAAUUAACCUCAUCAGCUCACUUGGAAAUGACAAGAAGAAUGGUAUUUGUGGCUUUGUAAAGCUGAUUAAUAUGAUCGAUUAUUAAGCAUUGAAAUAAAAUCACAGAAAUAAAAAUGUAAUAAAUAUAUUUACACUC